GGGGGUCUGAAGGAGGCAGGAGACAGACUGGGACUCUUGGACAGACGCACUGGGAUCGUUGGCUCUCUCCCAGUCAGGAGAGCAGACACUCUGCCUGACAUGCUGGAUAUUGAUGCCGACGCACUGGAUGAGGAGUCUGGACCAGAUUUGGGUUUGAUCAUACAACACAUGGAGCUCGUUCCCAGAUAACUCAGAGGGACUUUCUGCUGCCCUGAAAGGAAAAUGGAGAUUUUACAACUGAGAGUGCAACAAUGAAUCAGGAUAUGCACUCCAGAUAACUAUCAGCUGAAGAGCGAUACACUAAAAUGCUGGCUUGCCUGAGAUCUUCUGUCUGAGAUAUUAUUGGCUUAAAUACUAAUAGUAAAUAAGGUAUUUGUAUUUAGUCACUUUGUGACCUGUCAGAGAAACCUUUCUUUGAAGUGAAGUACACCUGGAUCCAGUGGAUCCGACUAUUUUCUAGGUAAGCUCAGCUGGAGUCUACACUGGCUUAGAGAUGACUGGAGCCCUGCACACUGGACUCAUACUCUUCUCAAUUGUGGUGGUUUGUGAGAGUGAGCCAACACAUGCUGGGCCAGACAGAGAUGGGGACUCACGUGGGCAAUCCAGACUGGUCCAUAUAACUUCACACUGGGCCUUCCAGUUGGUCAAUGACUCACUGGCCUUCUCCAGGGCUGACAGCUUCUGCAGAGGCCAGUUCAGCUCCCUCGCCACCCUGGACAAGCCGGAGGACCGGGAUGGAGCCUUAGAACUGCUUCGGCAAACUGGACUUCACUCACCUAUCUGGGUGAGGAAUCCCAGUAAAGCAUCCUCCAAACCUGUGGCCCUUUCCAAACAAUAUGUACAGUUCUCAGCUCUAAACUUUCCAAAGGAAUCCAGUGAGGGCUUUGCUCGUGUCAACAUGUCCUUUCCUGCUCUAUCGUCUGUCAGUGUGUGUGUUCGUGUUCAGUGGAACCCAGAGUGGAAUGAGGUGUCCACCAUCUUCUCUUACGCCGCACCUGUCUUCACCAAUGAGUUCCAGCUAAGAGGCCAAGUGGACAUGCAGGGACGCAUCCUCUUGGCACUCAUCAUCCACGGAAAGCACCUGCCAUAUAAAGCAUCUUUCCCCAACGAUGGAGCUUGGCAUCACGUCUGUGUCACGUGGCACCGGAACAGGAGCCACUGGGCUAUCUAUGUAGACGGGGACAUGAAGGACAUGGGCUCUGGCACAGACAAUUCCAGGGAUAUCUAUGGGGAUGGCAUACUUAUUCUGGGUCAGGACCAAGAUUCAUUUGGAGGGAAUUUCACAGAGCCCUUUUUUGGAAAUAUCACUGACCUGAAUGUUUGGAAUAUAUCUUUGGAAAAAUGGCAUGUCCGUGCCCUGAAUGCAUGUUCUGCCAUUACACCGGAAGUGCUUUUCAGUUGGAAGCUUGAUCAUCUAAGCAGCCACCCAGUGGUGAAAGAGGUGCAGGCCCUUCUGCAUUGCCCAGCACUGAGCCAGCAGAUGGAGCUGCAGGGCUGCAGGACUCUCCAGGGCUGGGCGGAUCAGCUCCCACAGUUCGGCCUGACAGACUGUUCUGAUCCACUGCCAUUCAUCUGCAGCAGCAGCAGAGAGCGAUACCUGAAGAUAAAGCAAAUGAGUGAUUCUCAGAACUCGCAGCCCACUGCCUUCAUGAACCAUCUGAUGGAGCUCUCCAACCAAACCCAGGUAGUGCUGGGGCAGCAGCCGUCAGGGCUGAGCAGCCUGGCCCAGGCAUCUGCCCUGCUGGAUGUCUCUUUCCAGGCCCUGGAGGACACCCAGCAGGAGGGUCUUCAGCCAACAGACAUGGUGUCCCUCAUCCAGCUGCUGUCUCUGGCUGCUGAAGUCCCCACACAGCCUCUCGUCGAUGCCACCAACCACAGCCAGGACAACAUCCAGGAGCUCAGCCAGAACUUCAUCAGUGUGGCUGACAGCAUCAUCAGUGAAGACAACGCCCUCAAGUGGCAGGCCAUCAAAGAGGUGGUGAACGGCCCCAUGGAUGUGGUCAAGAGUAUUGCCCGGAUGGUGACCGGCCUGAGCCCUCGCUUGAUGGCAGAGACUGAUCGCCUGACAAUUCACAGUCCGAACAUCAAACUGGAGGUACAGCAGCACAGGCUGCAGGAAGGAUCCAAAGGAUCAACCUUCUGUGGGCCUGAGACAGAAAAACGCACCAACCUAGACUGUAUUUCAGUCCCACAUCAGAAGAUACAAGAUCUCCAUAACAACGGCUUCAAUAAGCUCACGUUGGUCAACACGUGGUACGGCUCUCUGCGGCCUCUUUUCAAUCCUGAAGAGAACAUCACUAUGGUUCCUACCGUCACUGACGGCAGCCAGAGGUAUUUGGGCACCGUCCUGGGCUCUUCUGUCAUAUCCACCACAGUGCUGGGAGACGACCAGCCAGUUAGCACAGCAGUUCGUUUCCAGCUCCAGCACCGAGUACAGAAUCCUGCUGGUACUGUGUAUGAUCCAGUGUGUGCCUUCUGGGAUUUUGAUCUCACUCCGGAGGCUGGUGGGUGGUGGAAUACCAAAGGCUGUGAGGUAGUGUCCAAACAAUAUGGAUACACCACGUGCUACUGCAACCACACCACCAAUUUUGCAUUGCUGCUCCAGGUUUACGAAGCCCAGAGGAGUCCAGAGAACGAAAAAGCUCUGCAGGUGCUGACGUUUAUCGGCUGUGGAGUGUCUCUGUGUGGCCUCCUCUUCACCUUCAUCCUCUUCAUCGCUGUGGGUGUCCCUAAAUCAGACCGUACCACUGUCCACAAGAACCUGAUUGUUGCUCUGGGCAUCGCAGAGCUGCUGUUGAUUUGCAGUGACUGGGCAUCUGCCAAUGAGGCAGCAUGCUAUGUGGUAACUGCACUACUCCACCUUUUCUUCAUGGCUUCCUUCUCUUGGAUGCUGGUCGAGGGCCUGCUGCUCUGGAGCAAAGUUGUGUCAGUCAACAUCAGUGAGGAUCGCAGGAUGAAGCUCUACUACAUCAUCGGCUGGGGACUUCCUGUUCUCAUAGUUGGGGUAACACUGGCGGUAUCAGUGGACGAGUACAAGGCAGAUGAUCACUGCUGGCUCAAUGUGAAGACUGACACGAUCUGGGCCUUUGUGGGUCCUGUUAUAUUUGUCUUGGCGGUCAAUGCAGUUGUGCUGUGUCGGGUUGUCAUGGUGACUGUCUCCAGUGCUCGUCGUCGUGCUAAGAUGCUCAGUCCAAGCUCAGCAUCAAAGAUGCAGGCCUUUGACCUCACCUGGGCUGUGACUCGACCAGUUCUUAUCCUGCUGCCAGUACUGGGUCUGACCUGGUUGUGUGGAGUCCUGGUCCAUCUGUCUGUGGUGGUUGCCUAUAUCUUCAUCGCUCUCAAUGCCUUCCAGGGCCUGUACAUCUUCUUCGUGUAUGCUGUUUACAACAGUGAGGUGAGGAAUGCCAUAAAGAGGAUCAAAGAGAAGAGGAAGGCCUUAUCUUUCACGAACUGUUCCCAGCCAACCAGCUUCCUACCCUCCCAGAGGGCCCCGAUUACCUCCUGGGGCCGCAGUCCUCCAACCCCCUCCAGCCCUGAGACCAGUGAGACCUCUGGACCCACCAGCUCCACCUCCACAUCACUGGUCAUUAAGAAUGAGAGCUUCAGAAAGGAGAGCUUUGUGAGUUUCUCUUUAAAACCUGCAUCAGGAAACCAAGUGGUCCAGCUGACUGGGUUCAAGCAAUCAGGUUGUUGAACUGCAGAGUGGAGUGGAACCUGAUACUCAGUUACAACGAACAUGCACCACAGUGAAAGAAGAGGGACACACACACACAUGCUGAGAUGGAGUGUGGAAGAGAAAGCAAGAAGGAAGGAUGAAGAAGUUCAAUCUUCUCUCACACCGGCACCAUUCUGUUCUCAGAUCAGAUCAAUGUUCUUUCAACUAUGUGUUUUCUAAGUCCAAAAAUCUUUUGACAAUGUAGUUGACUAUCUGGCAGCCAUAUUGGAGGUUCUCAGCUAUGGAACAAUGAAGUAACGCAUCUCUGACCUAAUGUCCACACAUCAAUAAGAAACUAACAAGUUCUCCCAUGUGUUCCUUGUUGUCUUACAGCAGUGUGACCUCUUUAAGGCACAAAUGAGUGGCUUUGUUUUAGAGGCUAAAGCUAAAAACAAAGACAGUGUAUUGCAACCCAGUGACCUUAAAGGAUGACUUCACCCACAGCACAAACUAAAAGGUUUCUGAGUAGAAUGAAGCAGAUCUUUUUAUUCUUUUAUGUUAUUGCUUGGUACUGACUGACUGACCUUUUCAAAAGACAAUUACUUAUCUAUUUAUGAGGAAUCCAUCCAUGGAAACUGUACAUAUUUGUUUCUCUGAAUUAUUCUGUAUGAUCAGGACAUUGUAUCUGGAGAGACUUCAUUGUUCCAUGUAAAGACUCUAUCUACAUGGCUCGAUUAAUGUUCGUGAACUAACCCCUACAUUUCUAAACAAAUAUUACUUUUAUUUAAAAUAUUAGCAGCUUACUAACACACACACAUACACACACACACACAGCAACUAUCAGCAAUGACUGUAUUGUCUGGCACACACAGUCUCCACUGGACCUCCAUAAUAGUGUAUACUUGUGGUUGAUCUGAAAGCAACUGUUGCUGUCCUUUAAAUGUCUAUAGAAUGACACGUACUGCAUGUACGAUCUCAUCAGCCCAUAUGUGAGUAAUUCAUCAAUGCAGGCCUUCAUUCUCACUUAUCUGUCCUCAUGCUUCAUGUAUAUAGCUCUAAAGUUCAACAGUAACUCACGCUCACCAGAAAGAACAAAGACCUGUGGUUUGAUAUAUGUCUCUUCUCAAACAUUUUCAGCAUUGCAAUGCAUUUAAUAAUACUGGACCACUGGAGCUCAAUGGGCAUGGAGGUGUAAAGCACAAACAGCAGACAGCAGAGGGAUGCUGUGAGUGUGAAACGCUUGCGUUAACAUCCCAGAUAUAUUCUGAACUCUGCUGGGCUUGUAGAUAGUCUGACCUGCCAGGAAUCAAGCUGUAGUUGCUGUAUAGCUUCACAUAAGAAUCACAGUUGUUGAUGUUAGCUACUGUACUCUGAAGGCCUGCUCUGUCUCUGUUGUUGUUAGACAUCUUGGUGUAUUCUUCGACUGGUAGAUGAGCAUCUGAGGAACAAAUCAAAUUCCUUUUUGUUCUCCCAUGAAAUGUAGUUAGUCCUUAAAAUAUGAGUGUAUAUACAAUAUAUAAACAUAGCUCAAAAUAUGAGAAUAAAAUGACAAAGGUCACAGUAAGAUUGAUGUCUGUUUUUGAGACAUUGAAUGACGACUUUCUAUAACAUUUGUUUAAUGUUUCUGGCGACAUCAGCCACACUCGGACUGCUGUACUGAAUCUUGUAAAUACGAGCUCUGUAUCAUUUGUGCAAAACUGAUGAACGCUAUGCAAUAAUAGCCGACACACACAAGUGGAGCUUUACUUCACUGAAUUUUAUUGGUUUGAUGCUAUUACAAUAAAAUAUAUUUAAAGAAAAAAACAAAAACAAAAUGUUUUGGUCACUUUCACUUUUGGGAUUAAAACACUUCAGUUUAAGACGGGACAGACUGUCAACUCACAGGAAAAUAAACUAAGAGCAAAAACAAAGGCAAUAUCAAGAGAAUCAAUUGCACAACAGUAGCGAUUUGACCUCAACGUAAAGCGGAGAACUUUUGCGGUGUUGAAAUGUAUCUUCAUCUUGCAGUAGAUAUUUACUUCACAACAUAAAUAUACUGUACAGAGUGAUAACACACAGCUGUCUCAACAGGAAAAAACAGGAUGUGUGUGUGUGUGUGUGUGUGUGUGUGUGUGUGUGUGUGUGUCUAUUUUCAGGCAGACAUUAAGUUAAGGCAGGUGGAGUGAUUGUCUACGAUACCUUGAAAUGGCCGACGCUGCCACGUCAAUGGACGAACAAGGAAUGAUUUUAAAUGUCCAUAGUGAGAGUUGAGCUGCACAAUAUUACAAACGCUGCUUUGACUGAGUCAUUGUUUUUAAGUUGGUCCUGGUGUCAGUGAAUAUCAGUUACAUUGUCAUCAUCGCUGAGAGUCGUGCUUUAAAAAAAAAAAAAGGCUGUGUCACACAGAUCUGUCCAGUUUGGGACAAAA